AUGAAGUCCAACGAGAAAUCUGGUGGACACAGUAAUAGUCUGGUCAAAUCUAGUAGAUCAUCUUCAAAGAGGAAUGAUUUUGAUCAGAAGAAGAGGAAAGAGGAAGAGCAUACACAGCAAGUGUUUGAGGAGUUUGUCGCCACUUUUGAGGAGCCUUCUAAAUCCCGAGCGUGGGUUAAGGGUGGUGUCGUCAAUCCGUCUUCAGGUUCCUCAGAGGAUACGAAGGGGACUGGCCGCAUUUACAGACCUGUCUCGAAGUUGGAUUCUAAAUUAAAUAAAACUGAGGAACAGAAUAAAGCAGAUUUCAAGAAAUCCACUGAAAAGCCUCCAGCUCUCGGCAAGCGCAAGGGACAAGAACAAAAGAAAUCUAAACUAGAACAGUUCAAAGAGGAGCUCAAAUUGAUUCAGCAACAGAGAGAGCAAAGACAUGCAUUAAGACAAGGCAGAAAUCAACUCUCUACACAGUCUGAGCUAGAUCUCUCCGAUGUUGGUAUGCGUAACCGGGAAUAUCGGAGGGGUUCUUCCAAUAAUCAGGGUGGAGAUUCAGGCAUGGGUUUUCACAACACAGUGUCGACACCACCGAGCUUUUAUUCUAAACGCAGCCAAAAUGAUCGUCAUGAUGUUGAUUACCCAUAUGAUUACGAUGGUGAUAGAACAACAACAAAUCUUUUUCUUGGGAAUCUAAACCCUAAAAUGACGGAGCAACAGCUGUGUGAGGCUUUCGGUCGUUAUGGUCCUCUUGCAAGUGUCAAAAUAAUGUGGCCUAGGACAGAAGAAGAACGUUCAAGAGGAAGAAACUGUGGAUUUGUUGCUUUCAUGAAUAGAAAAGAUGGCGAACGAGCCCUCGACAACAUUAGAGGGAAAGAACUUAUGGGAUUUGAAAUGAAAUUAGGUUGGGGGAAAAGCGUCCCGAUCCCUUUAUACCCAGUUUACAUUCCUCCGGCAUUGCUUGAGUUGGUUAAACCACCUCCUCCAAGUGGACUACCAUUCAAUGCCCAACCUAGAGAGUGGUUGAAGUCAUUUCGCUUGGCGAUCAAGGAGCGAGCCAAACUUGUAACUGAUGGUGCAGACGGUGACAGCGCGCCACCACCCCCAGCUCCAGACCGAAAGCCAUACGAUAUAAAUAAAAUGUCGAGUGAAGAACUUACUGAAGUUCUCCGUGAAGCGGUGGUUAAGGUCGUUAUGCCAAGUGAUAGAUCCAUACUUGCUCUGAUUCAUCGCAUGAUUGAAUUUGUCGUUCUUGAAGGUCCUCAAUUCGAGGCCGCGGUUAUGCACCGGGAAGCAAAUAAUCCUAUGUUUAAAUUCCUUUUUGAUUAUCAGUCUUCGGAUCAUGUAUACUAUCGCUGGAAGUUAUGGUCUGUUCUACAUGGCGAAAGUGUAACCAAAUGGCGUACAGAAGAAUUUCGAAUGUUUGAAGGUGGUCCGCUUUGGCGUCCCCCUCCUGUUAAUUUAUUCUCUGGUGGCAUGCCAGAAGACCUUGUUGAAGAAGAUGAUUAUCCUUACGCCCCAGGAUAUGUUCCGCCGCCUUCUGGAAGAAGACGUGAAUCUGAAGACUUGCAAGAAGAAAUUCGUUUAGAAGCUGCUGCCGCUUCUCGUCGUUGUGGUUUAACAGAGGCACAACGAGGUCGGUUUACUCAAAUGCUGGAGGAUCUUGAACCCUGUCGCAUUAAAAUAGGUGAGGUUAUGGUGUGGUGUUUGGAACACGCGGAUUCUGCCUCCGAUAUCGCCUUGUGUAUAGUUGAUUCAGUUGCUCCAAAUUCGAAUUUCAUUUCAAAUUAUUUGGAUAAAGAAACAAAUUCAGCCGAUGAAAAUCCUAUCUCAGACUUGAAAUCCGACCAGGAUUCUACAGAGCAUGAAAAAUCUCAAUCUAUAAGCAUAAAUAAAUUGGUCGCUCGUUUGUUCUUGGCUUCUGAUAUACUAUAUAAUUCGUCAGCUAAAAUUCCAAACGCUUCUUUCUUUCGAAAGUGUUUUGAAACUUGCUUACCAGAUAUGUUCAAAAACCUGAAUUUACAUUAUAAAAAUGUAGAGGGGAAACUUAAAGCUGAACAAUUGAAGCAAAAAGUCAUGCUUUGUUUCCGUGCGUGGGAAGAUUGGGCCGUAUAUCCAAAUGAAUUCCUCAUCAAGUUGCAGAAUAUAUUCUUGGGGCUAGUGUCGGAGGCUGUUGACUAUGAAGCCGACCUGUCGGGUAUUCCAUUAAAUUUGAUUGAAGAUGAGCAAAAUCAAGAUUUGUCAAAAAAAAUAGGAUUUUUAAAUCCGGAUGUCGAGGUUCUAGAAAGCCAACCAUUAGUUCAAUAUGAUGGAGAUCCCUUGGAUGUUGAUGGUAGUCCUUUAGAUAAUGAAGAUGAUCGGUCUCCUUCACCAGUUCGACCUAAGAAUUCUCAGCUCAGUGCAACUACAACGGAGGAUGAAGUAAAACUAUCUGGGGAUACUUCUAAUCGUUUAUUUGUUCCAAGCAAAUGGGAAACUGUUGAAGCUACUGAACCAGAGGCAUUAACAGUCGCAAGUAUAUGGGAAUCCACCUCUGUUUUAGAUACGAAGAAAGACCAAACUAUCUCCAAGUCCAGUGACAACAUGCAGAAUACUCCUAGUCACCUUCAAAACCAGCCGAAUGGUUUAAAUAAGGGGGCGUUUCUUCCUUCUGAAGUUGUUAAUGGAAUCCCACUUGAUACAAGUCGAUGGAGUAACAAUGCUUCAACAAAUAAAGUAGACGAUGAUGUAGACGGAGAACCAUUACCCAUUUUAGGAGGACUUGUGGCUUAUGAUGACGAAGAUGCUGCCAGUCCAGGUGCGAGCGAAUCUAGUCUUUCACCUGUUCCAGUUUCUCAAAUUCCUUGUCCAACUCCCGUAACGUCCGCGACUUCUCACGUUUCUUCAACACCUAGUAGUACCUCGACAACGACACCUGUUUCUGAAGAGCGUCGCGCUAUCUUAAGAGAAGUAGAACUCAAGGUAUUAAAGUAUCAAGAUGAGUUGGAGGCAAGUCGUAAAGGAGAUAAAACAAUUACGGAUGAAGCUAUAAACAAGCAAAUUCAACGUUACAGAGAACGCCUUUUAGAAAGCCUUGUAGAAAAUGAACAUUCUGUACAUAAAAAAGGACAUAAAUCUGUUCAUCGUAACAAAUCCAAACCAUCCAAAAGUGUUAAGGAGAAAAGUGGUCUGACACCUCAUCAAUCGAAAUAUCAGUCGCGAGGUCGUGAUAUGUCAUCUUCUCCUACACGAAGGAAUUCAAGGGAUCGUUCACCUCCGCGUUCAUUCCGUGAUCGUGAUCGCCCUCGCCGACGUCAUGCUUCUCCUUCUGGGAGCCUGGGUCCUGGAGACUGGAGUACUUAUAAUAGCCCUUCUAUGCGAAUGGACUCACGAAACUCCAGCGAACGUCGGAGGACAUCUGCUUCCGCUUGGGAGCCUGACUCGACAGAAGAUGAAAUUAACUACUCAACACAUUUAGAAGAUGUGGAAGAAGGAGAAGCCACUGAGGAUGAUGACGCGGCGGCAUUUACUUCAAAUCAGUCCCAUUCCAUUACUCCGAAGAAAAAACAUGUUCCACACAAAUCGAAUCGCAAACGACACCGUUCACGAAGUCCGGACCCAGUAGCAGCCCACAAUCGACAUUCGCAUCGUUCUCGGACUCCGUCACCAUCCAGAAAAAAGGUACAUUCGUCAGACUCAGCCUCCAGAAGCUUAAAGCGGAAAUAA